AGUUAUAAAUCGGAUAAAUACGUGGGAGACGUGGACUCGGACUCAGACCAUGAAAUAGAGUUUGCUCCUCCCAAACACUACCACCAAGUAGACGCAUCCAAGAAAUUCAAAAACCAAAUCAAUGAUAAUAAGGAAAUUUGGCUCAUUAAAACUCCAAAAAAUUUCCCAAUUUCAAAAUUAAAGUCAUUACCGGUUAGUUUUACUUCUACAUCAAUUACAAAUGGACCCAAGACUUUUGAUCUCGGAGAGAAAAACUAUCAGGUGAAUGAAGAAAACUUAUCAAAUAAUGAAGAAGUACGUAAAUACUCAUUAAUUGCUAAUAGAAAAAUCGUUUCCAAUAAAAAAAUCGAUAGAUUUUAUCACAUUAGUGAAUACGUCAACAUUCCUAAAAUCAACUAUGACCAAGUUAAAACUCCAAGAGAAAAUGUUAAAGUCAUUGAAAAUUUAAAAAUGAGACAUUUCCCAACCGGUUAC